CGCGACGCCACCUUGGGUGUUCGUGUUCGUGUUGUUUACAUUUUCACACAAAACAAAAUCGGCUCGACGAGUGGCGGUGACGGGCACUGGUAACGACGGCGGCGGCGGCAACAAGCAGUCAUAAGCCCAGCAGUGCAGAAAUCGCAACAACUAACGCGCGACGGCAAAACAACGCAAACCAGAGUGCGACCGAAACAGGGGCCACGCGAGUGCAAGCGAAGAGGAAAGGAAACAGUACCGUUAAUCCGCUUCAUCAUCAUCAUCACCGUCAUCGUCAUCGUCGACCGCGGCCCACGUCUUUGUUCCCCGCCAGAACGAGGCCAUUUCACAACUGUGUCUCCCUAGCCUCGGCCCCAUUAGGUGGAAAGGGGGCGGGGAAAGCAACAGUUGGCAUUGGCUGGUGUUUGGUUGUCAUCAUCCGGUUUGCCCAUCGCGCGGUAGACGACGAAAGUGGGUUGCUCGAUGCCGCGGGUUUUACACGUACACGGUCCGCAAAGCAAGGAACGACGCUGAAAGUACGUGAGCGUCUGGCGGAAGUGAUUGCGUGUGUGUGUGUGUUUGUGUGUUUGUAGAACUUCCGAAAGAUGGACUACGUCUACAUGACCGGCGGUGAUCCGGGCAAUCCGAGGGCCGAAGACAUCAUCACACUUACGAUGUACGACAACGAUCCGACCGGUGCCGUGCCGGAGUAUCCAGAUGCUGCCGAAUACGGUGCGUUUAACAUUGGUUCCUCCGAGGCGGAGUACAUCGAGCACGGCAUGAUGCUGGCGGACGGAGGCGACCGAUUCGGCGUGUCUACCGUCUGCUUCGAUACGCAGGAAGAGCUGUUCUGGAUGGGUAACCAGGGUGGGCACGUGACGUCCUACUACGGCAGCGCCAUGCAGAAGUACACCUCGUUCCAGGUGCACGCCAACGAAGUGGUACGGCAGAUAGUGACGAUCGAUACGGGCAUCCUGGCGCUUACGCCCACCUCCCUGCGGCACCAGCUACGGCGCGGCAUACCGAAGUUUACCUUCCGCUCGGAGCGCAUGGUCGAUAUGGUGUGCAUGAUCGAGCACGCGCCCGCCCGCCUCUUGAUGGGCGGCCAUCAGAGCGAUCUGAUCGAGCUCGAUCUGGCCACGGGUACCGAGCUGACCAGCGUCGUGGCGGGCGUCAAUGGGUGUGCGAUCCUGCGCCGCCAUUCGCGCUACCUUUGCGCGGGCGAUGCAUACGGCAAGAUAACGCUGCUCGAUCCGAACACACUGGCGAUCGAGCACGAGCUACCGACGCACUCCGGCAGCCUGUCCGACUUUGACGUGCAGGGGAACUAUCUCAUUUCGUGCGGGUUGAGCGGCCGCCAGGGCAAUCUGACGAUCGAUCGCUUCCUGAUGGUGUACGAUAUGCGCAUGCUGCGACUAGUGUCCCCGAUCCAGGUGCUGGUGGAACCGCAGUUGUUGCGUUUUCUGCCCUCGCACUACUCCCGGCUGGCGGUUGUGUCGCCGCACGGGCAGCUACAACUCGUCGACACGGUCGAGCUGAGCGAACCACGGGUGUGCAUGUUCCAGAUCAACACGAGCGGGUCGCAGUGUUUGUCGUUCGACAUAAGCGCCACCAGCCAGGCGAUGGCAUUCGGCGACCAGUCCGGUCACAUCAAUCUAAUUACGGCGGCCAAAAUCAACACCCCGACGCUGCAAUUUAACCCGUACUCGCGGGACACCGAGUUUGCGGACACAAUCGAACCGGCGACACCGUUCGUACCACUGACGGACACCAACUUCCCGCUGUCGUCCGUGCUGCUGCCCCACCUGACGACCGGCGAGCGGUGGCUGAGCGAUUGGCCACCGUGGAUGAACACGUACGAGCACUGGCGCACCAAGCCGAUCGACCCGGUCGUGAUUGCCACGAUGAAGAUGCAGGGUCCGAUCGGGUACGCACCGAACCCGCGCACCGGACUGCGCUAUCAGAUCCCCUACCUGCUGGACGGAACGAAUGGUGCGCUGGCGGCCGGCUCUGCCGCCUCGACCGCCCACGGCUCAUCCGCUGCGAAAGGUGGCGCCGGGGUGGAGCAGCAGGGCAUGAAGCUUGUGCCCCGCCGGUACCGCAAGGUGGAGGUGAAGUACAGCAAGCUGGGCACGCAGGAUUUUGACUUUGAGCAGUACAACCAGACGAGCUUUGUCGGGCUGGAGGCAAACCUGCCGAACGCGUACUGUAACGCGAUGCUGCAGGUACUGUACUUCAUCAUACCACUGCGCAAAGCGAUUCUGGCCCACUGUUGCGCGAAGGAGUUCUGUCUCUCGUGCGAGCUUGGCUUCCUGUUUCACAUGCUCAACGUCGGCAGCUCGAGCUCGCCGUGCCAAGCGAGCAACUUUCUGCGCUCCUUUCGCACCGUGCCGGAAGCGGCCGCACUCGGCCUCAUCCUGUCCUCCAACAGUGCGAACGUGAACCUGAUCAGCCUGAUACAGAACUGGAACCGGUUCGUGCUGCACCAGAUCCACUCCGAGCUGCUCGAGGCGCUCAAAAAGAACGAAACGAUGCACUUUUACGAGCAACAACCGUCACUGCAGCAGCAGCAGCACACGCCCGAACAGGACAGUGUGCAAAAGUUUCAGAUCCUUAACCUCGGCAACGGGGGGAAACCGGCCGGUGGUGCUACAGCCACCGCCACACAGCCCCACAGCACCGCCGGCGGGCAGGAUGAGUCGGAAAUUGGGCGACUGUUCGGUACGCAGCAGCAAACGACCCACCGCUGCAACAAGUGCAACACGACGCGCGUCAAGGACAAUGUGCUGCUCGUGUGCAGCUUGCUCUACCCGACCGCCACCACCAACAACGUGGAGGGCACGUUCGGCACCAUCUUGAAGCAUUCGCUCGGGGUGGAGAAAACGACACCGGCCUGGUGCGAAACGUGCAACAAGUUUACGCCGACGAAUCAGAAAUCGCGCGUUACCGGUCUGCCCGCCAUCCUGUCGAUUAACUGUGGCCUAGACAACGAGAAGGAGCUGGAGUACCUGAAGCGCCAAAUGUCCCGGUCGGCUGGUACACACUCUUCGCCGAGCAGUCAGCAGCCGGCGGGAGGAAAUGGAGGGACAGGUACGCCGGCUGGGUCGGGAGCGGCAACGGAUCAGGCAGCGGGAUCGGUGACGUUCAACGGGUCCGGCACCGGCACGAAGAUGUGCCGGUAUGGGACGAACUGUUCGCGCGUUGACUGUCAUUUCGCUCAUCCAAGAAAAUCGUCACCCUGUGUGAUAUCGGCCGCUUCGUCCGCCUCAACGUCUGCUGCUGCAUCCCAUGGCAUGCAGAAGUCGUGGUUCCCACUCAGCUUCCAGAUGUCACUCGAUGAGCAGCAGGACCUGGACAUUAGUUCGCUAAGAACUGCCUCAAACGGCGAACCGGUGAUGCCGAACGUUGCUCCAGAGCCCGACACGCCCUCCGAUGUGGAAGGAAGGGAAGAAACUACCCCGAACGAAGAUCCACCGCCAGCUCAGAAAGUUACAAAAACCUACAACCUAUCCGCGGUCGUUUGCUACAUCAACGACGGUUCCCAGCACAAUCUAGUGUCGCUGAUUCACGUGCCCGCCUACUACCAGCAGCCCAAACAACAACCGGGCGACGCUGCCAGCACCGCAGGCAGUUGGUACAUUUUCAACGAUUUUAGCAUUUCCCCGGUACCGGUGCAGGAGGCGGUCUGGUUUACGCUCGACUGGAAGGUACCGUGCGUACUGUUCUACACCAGCAGCAUGCUGGCCGAGGAGCAGUGCCGUCUGGGGCUGGGCCUGCACAGUGAGCAACUCACGCAGUACGUAAAUCCCUUCAGCACCGAUCUGUACGAGGACGAAAGUACGGACGAUGGAUCCGUCCACCGCCAGACAGCGGACGGUGCUAGUGACGCGAUCGAUAAAGCUGACCCGGAAGUGAAACACCCGGACCACGGUGCGGACACUGCAAUCCUGUUCAAACCGCUCGGACGCACCGAACGCUUACAGGCCGGCGAUCUCGUUGCGAUGGAUGCGGAAUUCGUGACGCUCAACCCGGAGGAGAGCGAGAUCCGCUCGGACGGUAAAAUGUCGACCGUGAAGCCGAGCCACAUGAGCGUCGCACGCAUCACGUGCAUACGGGGGCAGGGCGACUACGAGGGCGUACCGUUUAUGGACGAUUACAUCUCCACCCAGGAGCAGGUCGUGGACUAUCUGACCAAGUUUUCCGGCAUCAAGCCGGGCGAUCUGGACGCGAACUUUAGCAACAAGCGGCUGACCACGCUCAAGAACUCGUACCAGAAGCUGCGCUUUCUCGUCGACAGUGGUGUCAUCUUUGUCGGGCACGGUUUGCGGAACGACUUUCGCGUGAUCAACAUAAUCGUGCCGCCGGAGCAGGUCGUCGAUACGGUGCACCUGUUCCAUCUGCCCCACCAUCGGAUGGUGUCGCUGCGCUUUCUGGCCUGGCAGUUUCUCGGCAUCAAGAUACAGUCGGAGACGCACGACUCGAUCGAGGACGCCCGGACGGCGCUGCACCUGUACAAGCACUAUCUGCGGCUGCAGGAGAAGGACGAAUUUUCGCGCGCCCUCUCGACGCUGUACGACACGGGCAAGAAGCUGCAGUGGAAGGUGCCGGAUUGAUGAAGGAGUGAAAGAGGAAAGUGAUAGAGUUCAACUGAUGGUGCGUGUACGCAAGGGGGAAUAGGUAAAGGCAGGUGGCAUUUGUUGAGACGUUGCGAUCCCGCCCACCCCCUCCCUUUGUUAUAUGUUCGAGAUGUGUGUAUAGAGUAACUAUUUAAUACUACAAACAAUACAAUACAAUAUUUUCUAUAAUUAUCGCGUACUAUUUCCUGCCUUUUCUGCGUCCGGAAAAUGUGCUGUAGCUUAGUUUUGCAAAUGGUAAUUUAAGUGCAUUUCCACUUCGUGUUGAUUGAGUUAAAAUUAAUCCUUUUAAAAUAAACAUUUUUUAAGAUUCUUUCCGCCAACGAAACGCCGGUUAAAUGUCGUAUCGUUGUUACAGUUCUGGUGCUAGUCACUUUAAUAGUCUUUAGUGUGGCUAUUCUUGGCUCUUGAAGGUAGUAAAAAAUCUGAUUGUGCAUACACUUACAGCCCCUAGGACGGCACUCUGCUGGUUUGCUUCCCCAAAUUCGACCCAAGUCAUU